UGAGAAUUGACUUGGAGCUCAGUCGCGGUGGAGCAGCCAACGAAGAAAGAGUGGCAAAGUGCAAUAGUUAUUGAACUAGAGUUAGAGAUUUAAACGGUGAUUGUAGAUAAAAAUAAUAAACAACAAAAAGUGUUGAGAAUUUGCAGGAAAUUCUAGAGCAAGAGAGAUCUGUUAGUGUGAUCCAGUGCCAAUAAAGUGUCUCAGUGAAGAGGUUCGUUUUAGUCAGUUGAAAGAGAAUCCCACAGAAAGGUCAAUAUUGGAAAUCAAUGAGAAAGUUUUUGUAUACAAUUACUGUCGUGUGAUAAAAGUGCUUUUUGACAAGGCGCCCCUUUUGGUUGGAGCAAUUGACCGAAAUCAAUAAUUUAUAAAAGUUAGAAAAUUGUGAGGAAAAGUGAUGAAUUAGUGAUUUUUCUAAAAACUCUAGUCACGAUUGUGUAGACACAGCCCAGUGAGAGACUCUUUGUUUGGGAUUUUGGUCAGAGAAUGUGAAGAAGUGCGGAAGAUGUCUCGCUGGAGCAAAAGCGUGAAAUUUUUAUGUCUCCUCCUCUGCGGUGGAUUCACCUUUCUCACAACAACUGCACGUGCCAAACCCACUUUGUCCUUUCAACUGCCACCCUCCCUGACUAACCUGGCCCCAUUUCCGGGCAUCUCACGCUUCGUGGAACGCAGAAUCCAGAAUGAUCAGAUGAAGACUUACACUGGUCUUCGGCAGAAGAACGACUCUCUCAUGAUGAUCUACCACCAUGAUCUGACGAUCGCCGUCGUGGAAUUGGGACCAGAGAAGAGCCUCUUGGGUUGUGAAUUGAUAGAAAUAAACAAUGAUGACGAAGGUGCUAAGCUGCUCAAAGAGUUGUCCACGGUAAAUCGACCAUUGCAGAUUGACUUCCGGGAGAUGCUGAAGCUCAUGAUGCAGUGCCAGAUGAUUGAUCACAUGAGGAAAGUGAAAAGACAGGGAACAACAUCCGACACUGAUCAGACGACGAAGCGUCAGCACCAGACGGGCUACUUCUCGGGGGCGGGCCUGAGUCUCUUCAGUGGCAUCAUCCCAGGGACCAAGUGGUGCGGAACUGGAGAUAUUGCCACAACCUACCAUGAUCUCGGCACCGAAGCUCCCAUGGACAUGUGCUGUCGCACUCACGAUCUCUGUCCAGUGAAAGUUCGCGCAUAUCAGAAGCGCUACAAUCUCAACAACAAUUCCCUCUACACAAAAUCUCACUGUGUUUGCGAUGACAUGUUGUACAGCUGCCUCAAGAGAACCAACACCUCGGCAUCCCAGCUCAUGGGGACCAUCUAUUUCAACGUAGUCCAAGUGCCAUGUCUCCAGGACACUCAGAGAGGCUACGAAUUCAGAAAAUCAAAGGAAUUUGUCUAGAAAAUUCAUCAAUUCCAUUUAUAAGGAAUUAUAUCUGUCUCUGGAUUUGAGACCAUUUCUUUGUGAUUGUCAGCUGAGGUGCUCUUUCAAAUGAAUUAUUUAUGUUACAUUCCAAAUACUUAUUUUCAUUUACCAUCCACACUAUUUCCAUUCGAUUUCUGUUGAGGACAAGCAAGGGUAAGAGUUGACCAAUAAAAACCAUGUUUUAA